GAAGGUGACGCGAUGAAUGCAGAUUGAUAUCAGAGAUUUCAAGCCAACGAUGAGCAAGUCGACGUCCAGCUCAAUGUCGCUGGACGUGACUGCGGCUUCGAGAUGGUUUGUCCUGACCAAGGUAAUCGGCAGCGUAAUGGGCAUGAAAGCGCUUCUGCUGGACAAGGAAACCAUGAGCAUGGUCGGGUUGGUCUGUAGUCAAACUCAGGUGCUGGAGUAUCAGAUCUACUCCAUCGAUCGCAUCGACAACGAGGGGAGGAAGAGCAUCGGCGGCUUCAGGGCUAUCUGCAUCCUCCGCCCUACAUCUGACAACAUGAAGGCGCUCGUGCGAGAGUUGGGAGAGGCAAAGUUCGACGAGUACCACCUGUUCUUCACCAACACCGUCCAAGACCAUCAGAUCCAGGAGCUUGCCAAGGCGGAUGUGCGUCAGGUUGUCAGGCAGGUGCAGGAGAUCUACAUGGACUUCUUCCCUCUAUCGCCCGACCUCUUCGUGCUCAACGAGCCCUCCUGCAUGCCCCUCGAGGCUCCCUCCUGGAACCACCAGCUCUUCGACCGGAUCUGCGACGGGCUGAUCUCAGUGCUCCUGGCGCUAAAGCAGAAUCCUACCAUAGUGUACCAGAAGAACAGCAUGAUUGCGCAGAGGAUAGCCGAGGAGAUAGAGGAUCGAGUGUCAACAGGCAACAACACCUCCGACUUCGACUUGUUUCACUUUGGAAACAACAACAAGUCGAACACGGCGCUGCUAAUCCUUGAUCGACGGGACGAUCCCGUCACGCCUCUGCUCAACCACUGGACAUACACGGCGAUGAUCCACGAGAACCUGGGGAUCACCAACAACCGAGUGGACGUUGCGAAAGCUUCGAGCUCGAAAGAGCAAGAGGUGGUGUUGAACGUGCAAGACGACGAGUUUUAUCGUGCAACUCAGCACAUGGUGUUCGGUGAGCUUGGAUCAGCGUUGAAGGAGGUGGUAGAUGAGUUUCAAAAGCACGAAGGGAGCAGCAUAGCGUCGGGCGCCGGAAGGUCAAAACUGCAGAGCAUCGAGGACAUUCAGAGGUUCAUGGAGAACUACCCUGAGUUCAAGAGGCAGGAGGGGAUGGUGGCGAAGCACGUGACGCUGACGUCAGCACUGAGCAGAGUGACCUCAGAGCGGAACUUGUUCGACAUGUCAGAGCUGGAGCAGGAGCUCGCGUGCAACGAAAACCUGACGGAGGCUUUCAACCGCGUCGAGACGUUUGUGGAAGACAACAACGUUCCCCUUGAAGACAAGCUGCGACUCGUGCUGCUGUACUCCUUGCGAUACCAGCUGGAGGGGGAGAGGGAGAUCCGGUUCCUGGAACGAAGUUUGAAGGACUGCGGCAUCGACGAUGCGCUGCUGAGAACCGUUGGCCUCCUACGAAAGUACGCGGGGGUAGCGGUGAGAGGCAGCGACAUCUUCAAUAAGAACACGGUCGUGGGUGCAGCGAAGACGAUCGUGAGGAAGCAGAUGGAGGGGCUGAAGGGCGUCUCCAACGUGCUCAUGAGGUACGAACCUCUGCUCCAGGCCCGGCUGUCUGCCAUCAAACUUGCGGGCCUGAAUGCUCUAAGGGAAAACGAGUUCAAGAUCCUGGGGCAGCAGAAGACCGCGGCCGUGCGGCCACAGAACCUCAUCGUGUUCAUGGUGGGAGGGACGAGUUACGCAGAGGCCCGCUGCGUGGCUGAGUUCAACAAGGAGCAGCAGGGUCGGGGGAUGCAGGUGAUUCUUGGGAGCAACACAGUGCAUAAUACCAGAUCUUUCAUGCACGACCUCGUAAAGCUGCACAACGAGGCAUUGAUGCCUGAUAGUCAGCAGAUCCGGACAUGACAUGAAUAAAGUCGAAAGAAAAAACAAACAAAAAAGAAUACUACAGUUACAGUUGAGACUAGCGGUACAUUGAGCAUCAUUCGAACCCUCAAUCCUCGUCCGACGAAUCCUCGUCAUUU